AUGACUACUACUACUAUUACUAUUACUACUGCUACUGUGAUGAUGGGGGUCCGCAAAGCGAUGAGUGCGGAGAUGGCUGGCAUACAAGAUGAUGGCGGUGGCAUGAUUGAUUCUGGACAAAAGACAUCGUCACCGCAUCUCUCCAAUGGCUCUCGCGCGAACUUGGCCAUACGACAUUCACGAAAUCCUUCCAAUCCUCUCGCACCCGCCUUCAUCGUCUCUGCCCCGGGCAAGACUAUCGUCUAUGGCGAACACGCGGUCGUGCAUGGCAAGGCAGCCAUUGCAGCCUCCAUUUCCCUGCGAUCCUACCUUCUCGUCACUACCCUCUCCAAAAGCCAACGAUUCGUGAAACUACAAUUCACCGACAUCGAUUUGAAUCACACAUGGCAAAUAGCCGACCUGCCCUGGAAAGAGUUUGCGCCUAAGAAGAAAAAGUACUACGAUCUGGUAACAACACUGGAUAAAGAUCUGGUGAGCAUCAUGCAGCCACACAUCAAAGACAUAUCUCCGUCCAUUGAGCCGGAAAAGAGGAAGAUUCAUCAGGCAGCCGCAUCGGCUUUCUUGUACCUCUUCAUGAGCUUAGGCAGUGAACGCAGUCCCGGGUGCAUCUAUGCCAUGCGCAGUUGUAUUCCCAUUGGUGCUGGUCUAGGCAGUUCCGCUUCAGUGUCAGUAGUCAUCGCAGCAGCACUGCUGAUCCAGUCUCGUGCAUUGUCAGGCCCACAUCCCGAUCAGCAAAGCGACGAAGCAGAAAAGCAGCUCGAACGAAUCAAUCGAUGGGCGUUUGUAGGCGAAAUGCUCAUCCAUGGAAAUCCCUCGGGCGUAGACAAUACCGUGUCAACAAAUGGACACGCAGUCCUAUUCCAACGAAAGGACUAUACGAAACCUCCUUCCGUCACGGUCUUGCGAGAUUUCCCGGAAUUACCUUUGUUACUGGUGGAUACGUGCCAACCCAAGUCGACGGCCGUGGAAGUUGCCAAGGUUCAACAUUUGAAGACCACGCAUCCGAUGGUGGUGGAGAAUACGCUCAACGCCAUCGAUUCCAUCACGCGAUCCGUUUAUGAACGCCUCACAUGCGCGGAGUUUGAUCCUCACAGCGCGGAGAGCAUCGCUCAUCUGGGAGAAUUAAUGAGUAUCAACCACGGCCUUCUCACGAGUCUUGGAGUCUCCCAUCCUCGACUGGAACGAUUACGCUAUCUCGUAGAUCAAGCUGGAGUGGGUUGGACAAAGCUCACUGGCGCCGGGGGUGGCGGGUGUGCGAUUACUCUUCUCAAACCUGACGUGCACAGUCCCCGGCGGCGGAGUAGAGCUGCCAGUGGCGCACAACUCAAUGGCGACGCGGCAUACGCUGGUUUGAAUGGAAAGCUGGCGCCUAUGGAUCAAUUAUAUCACGACUUGGAAGUGGAAGGUUUCCAGAAAUACGCGACCACAUUGGGUGGAGAUGGAGUUGGGGUGUUAUAUCCUGCAGUGAUCAAUGACGAAGAGAUUGAUCUGGAGAAAUUCUUGACUGCGGAUGGGAGGGAUGGGGUCGAAGAGUUGGUCAGCGGACAGCAUGAUGAGGAAGCUUGGAAGUAUUGGAGGCCAUGA